UUUAAAAUGUAAUAGAAAACGUCAAAAUUUAUAUGCAUAAUUUUUAUAACAAUUACUUUAACUUAGCUUUAUUUAUUUUUAUACAAUUUAAAAAAAUAACAGGCAAAAAUGGCUAUAAAUAAAGAGAUAGUGACCAAGUCUGUUUUGAAAGUGCCCUCGGUAUUGUCUAAUUCAAGGUUUACUUUUCUCGGACGUAAUUUGGCUGACGGUUGCGGUUCAAAAUCAGGUUCUGGGUCAGGUUCUGGCAAUGGACUUCUGACGAUGCCCGAAAGAGUUAAGAAAGUGGCUACCGCGGAUAAACCUAGAUUCUUUGAAAUGGUCGAAUACUUUUUCUAUAGGGGGUGCGAAUUAGUUCAGCCAAAACUGGUUGAGGAACUGGUUCAGUUUCGUGGAGGUGAACAAAAGAAAGAUGCCAUUGUUAAGCAAGUUUUUGGGGUUAUGUCGACUGUAUCUCAAUGUGAUUACAUUUUUGAAACGAUCUUUCCCAUUCAACGAGACGAUGGGAGUUACGAACUUAUACAAGCAUUUAGAGUUGAACAUAGCAGUCACAGACUACCCGUGAAGGGUGGAAUAAGGUACUCCGAUCACGUAGACCAAGACGAGGUAAAAGCCCUUGCUGCUCUGAUGACAUUUAAAUGUGCUUGCGUCGACGUACCGUUUGGUGGCGCUAAAGGCGGAGUUAAAAUAAAUCCCAAAAAAUUCUCAUUACGCGAAUUGGAAAGAAUAACGAGAAGAUACGGGCUCGAAUUGGCUAAGAAGUCAUUUAUCGGCCCAGGUUUGGAUGUUCCUGCUCCUGAUGUAAAUACAAGUGAACGUGAAAUGGCUUGGUUAGUGGAUACAUACGCAAGAAGCUCAGGAUUCAAAGACAUCAACAAGUUGGGAGUGGUCACGGGAAAACCCAUAAGUCAGGGAGGAAUACAUGGGCGAGCGUCAGCUACUGGUAAAGGUCUGUUCCAUGCGGUCGAUAUAUUCGUGAACGAAAAGAAAUACAUGGAUAUGGUUGGCCUCCAAACAGGAUUAAAGGGGAAGACAUUCAUUGUUCAAGGAUUUGGAAACGUUGGUUUUCAUGCUGCACGCUAUUUAGCAAGAGCUGGGGCAAAAUGUAUAGGCGUUAUUGAAUGGGACUGUUCCCUAACUAACCCGGAGGGAAUUGACCCUACAGAUCUUGAUAAACACCGAUUGAAAACAGGAUCUAUAAAAGGUUACUCAAAAGCCAAGGAGUUUAGCGGUCAUCACGAACUUAUGUUCGAAAAAUGUGACAUCCUAUGCCCCUGUGCCCAUGAGCUGGUGAUAACCAAAUCAAAUGCUAACAAAAUAAAAGCCAAGGUGAUAGCGGAAGGCGCUAAUGGUCCAACGACUCCUGCAGCUGACGAAAUAUUAACAAAAAUGAAAGUCUUAAAUUUACCUGAUCUUUACUGUAACGCUGGUGGAGUAACCGUCUCAUAUUUCGAGUGGCUAAAGAAUAUCAACAAUGUCUCAUUCGGUCGACUAACAUUCAAGUAUGAGAAGGAUUCCAAUUAUCAUUUAUUGAAUUCUGUCCAGAAAUCUUUGGAAAAGGAAUUCAACAAAAAAAUUUCGAUUGUUCCAACAGAUGAAUUUGAGAAAAGGAUUUCAGGUGCUUCCGAGAAAGACAUUGUACAUUCUGGUCUCGCAUCUACUAUGGAAAAAUCUGCAAAAGCAAUAAUGAGGACUUUAGAUAAAUAUAACCUGGGACUUGAUUUGCGAACAGCAGCGUACAUUGUUUCCAUCGAAAAGAUAUUCCAACAUUACCACGAGGCAGGAUUGACAUACUAAAUGUGCUGAAUUAUAUUUUUAGAAAUAAACUGUUUUACUGGUCA